CACUCUCACACUCUCCGUCUCAUCUUAAGGAACUGUUUUAUAUGUGUUUCAUUUCAUCUCUUGCGCUCUCCUGGGAGGAAACCCCACAAACCUUAGCGUGUAGUUCCUGUUUCGAGAGUCUAUGUUUAAUGCUGAGACAGAGAGGAGGACAUGAAGCCAGUCUGUUCUCUGUAAGUGUUUCUGCCGUUCACACAUCUACCAGCAUGAGUUUACAACAGCGAUGCUUAUACACUCACAGCUUGGUCUUGGUCGUGACCUUGCUGCUGUUAACAGCUACAUCUGGUGACAGUGAUGCAGUGGAGAACAUCACGGCUGUUUUGGGACACAGCGUUACAUUCAGAUGUCCUUUGAACCACAGCACACCUGUAGAUGGCUUGUACAUACAGAGAGAUAAAAAUGAUAAACCAGACGACUUCAUCAACGGGUUUUAUAGAGGCCAACCGAUUAAAGUGUUGCCUGAGUACAAGGACAGAACCAAAGUGAAUGAAACGGAGCUCAGCGUGGAGAUGAGAAACAUCUCUGUCUCUGACGAAGGAUUGUAUAAAUGUGUUGUUAUCAUCAACAAAAAACCUGAAAUCUCAAUGAUUCUCCUCAAAGUCACAGCUGAGUACAGCGUUCCAACAAUCACGAAAGACUGCAGUAAACCGGGUGAUGGCGGCGCAGGAAAGAGCUGUCAGUUAAGCUGCUCGGCGGUGGGUGGAUACCCACAGAGCACCGUCAGGUGGACGGGGCUUAAUCAAAGUCUGACUAACGUCAUUUACAACCGGAGUUCAGCAGAUAACGAGUCCAAAACAUGGACCAUCAACCAAACCAUCACGCACAACUGUGACCAGCCUGCUAAUAUCAGCUGUGCCGUAGGGGGCGCUGUUUCCCACACCAUCACCAUAUGUGAAACAGAAUCGUUCCCAUCUGUGGUGAUCGCAGCUAUCACCGUCGUGUUUGUUUUUUUGUUCCUAUUACUUAUUUUUGUUGUGGUGAUGAAGUACUUCUUCAGAGGACGACAAACCUCAGUGACUGGAUAUGAGGCACCUGGAGCUGGGGAAGUUGGUGAUUCUUCAAAGUAGCGACUGCCAUUUACAGCUCCAGCGUCUGAAAGAUGGUGAUGAAACACUCAGGAGAUUGUCGUCAUUCUGUCAAGCGGAAGUGCUUUAGCACCCAGAGCUCUACAGAUGGACAAAUAGGGCAGAUUGUCCAGUUUAACACUGUCUUUAAAGUGGCUUGACUUCUGUAUAGAGGCCGGGCCUGACAGAUGCUUUGACGGAGCAAUGCUGGACUGUCCUGGCACAUUUGAACAAGCUUUUGAGAACGCUACCUUCCUUUCUCUAGUCAUUCACAUAUGGAAGAGCACAUCUUUUCUUCAGCGUCCUGAAGAUGCAGUGGGCAAUUCACAGAGACAUUUCAAGUUUAUGUUGUCGGAAGAAGGAUUUGUAAAGGUGCUUAUGAAAAGAUUCAAAGUUUUUAUGGCUAGAUUUGCUCUGUAUACUUCACAAUCCCAUAUAGUGUUUCAAAUUGUGCCACUUCAGAACUUUUUUAAAGACUGAAGUAAAUAUUCUUAUUUGGGCCAGUUGUAUGGUUGAUAAAAUAACCAAGACAGUCUUGAUGACUGUUGUCUAUGUUCAUAAGAAUAUGAUGUUGAAAUGGUCUUACGCUGGCACAUUUCAUUUGCUUCUAGAAGCUGAUUUAUUUGAAGCUUUAUUUUUUAAAGCCAGUUCUCAGACGAGCUAAAGAAACAUAAUACCUAAAAAUCAAAUACUGUUACAUGAUUUUGCUGGUCAUUCCCCAAAAUGCAAUGUUUACGUUUGCAUUAAUGUACGCCGAUAUGUCCAUAUCUGUUUGUUCAUGUGUGCAGACUAGUACUGACUUUUUUACUUUUCUACAGCACCGCACUGACAUGCUGAAUUGUUUUUUUUUUUACUUUAAAAUUGUUCUCAAGGUGACAGUAACAGGAUAUUUAAUUUUCAAUUAAAAUUAAUCUGUUUCCGUGUGGAAAUAUCUUAUGCACUUUGCUUUCUGACUGCUUGAGAGGGCUGUAAUUUAUGACUAAAUUAUUUUGUGAAUUUCUCAACAAAAAAAGGAUACUAAAUAAAAAUCUGUUUGUCAAAGUU